UCGUCAUGAACCGUCGGUUACCAGCGGGACGAUCGAUACGGGUGGUGGAACGGGGUGGCUACGGCCUGCGAGGGUGACUACAUCGUGACGUUAUAGUGUAAUCCAAUGAGAAAAUCGAUAAAGAUGAAGAAGAGAUUAUUGUGGUGCGGUUUCGCUUUCGCCGUCGUGCUUCUCAUCCUCAUGAUCUCGACUGAGAGCAACAUCAUCCAAAGGAUACCGUUUCUCGACGUGACAACAGUCAAUGAUAUCAGAUGUUACGAUGAAGUUUCGACUACAAAAGGCGUUCAUGAUUUCGAUUUGGAAACAAGUGUCGACAAGCCAACGCCAGGUAGAAACAUCUUCUUCCACGAGACUUCCUGUUUCGGUGAGGAAGGCCUCAUAUUAAACGCUCGACAAGCCUGUGCUGUUGAAUCGGCGGCGCGGAUGAAUCCGUCAAUGACCGUAUACCUGCUAUUCGUGAGCAAAUCGGAGUUUUCGAACAGUACGCGCGAGAUCGUCAGGCAUCUCUUCAAUUAUCCCAACGUCAGGAUCCGUCAUAUCGAUCCGCAGAGAUACGUGAAGGACACACCCUUGGAUGCGUGGUACACCAGCGGUGUCCUGAGGAAAAGCCACUGGCCGGUCAGUCACAUGUCCGACAUGCUGCGCUACUUGACCCUUUGGAAGUACGGCGGUAUUUACCUUGAUCUGGACGUAGUAGUCACUAGCUCGCUGGAGAAUCUGACAAAUUUUGCCGGCGCCGAGGACUGGGACGACGUCGCCGCUGGCGUCAUGGGUUUUGACAUGUCGAAGUUGGGUCGACGCGUGGCCGACGCUUGCGUGCGCGAUCUCAAAAAGAAUUUUCGUGGCGAUGUCUGGGGUAACAACGGGCCCGGAGUCAUCACGAGGACAUUGCAAAAACUUUGCGCGACGGUGUAUGCGCGUGACAUGACGACUAAUCGUUGCCACGGCUUCACAGUAUAUCCGCCUUCGGUUUUUUAUCCGAUUCAUUAUAAAAAAUGGAAGAAGUAUUUUGAGACGAAAGAUAGCAACGCGACAUUGAAGACAUUGAACAAGGCGAAGGCGAUUCACGUGUGGAACAAGUUGAGUAAAGCCGAAAAAGUGCGAGUGAAGAGCAACGUACCGUACGCCGUUAUCGCACGGAAUUAUUGUCCCUAUGUUUUCAAUAACUGCGAUAAACAAAUGCUGAUACCAAGCAGAUGCAUAUUUUUCCACGAGACAUCGUGUUCAUCACCGAAUCUCACGCCUCAACAAGCAUGCGCCGUGGAAUCGGCAGCCAGAAAUAAUCGCAAUUUGAAUGUCUUCCUGCUAUUCCUCGCGACAGGGCAGUUUUCCGAGAGGUCUAAGAGAAUUGUCGACAUUUUACAAACCUAUGACAACGUGUACAUAAGGCGAAUACGUUUGUCGACAUACAUUAUCAAUACACCGAUAGAGGACUGGUUCUGGGCAAACAUCCGUAGAUUAUGGGAGAACUACGAUUGGCUGCGCAACGACUUUCAUGAUUACUUACGGAUGUUAACACUGUGGAGAUCUGGCGGUGUGUCAUUGAAUUUGAACAGCAUCGUGCUGACACCGUUGGACGAGCUAACUACUUUUGUGGGCGUGCAAGACAAUCGAGAUAUGGGCGUCGGUGUGUUUGGCGUCGACACGAGCACAAAUUUCGGAAGGAGUUUUGCCGACGCCUGUAUGGAAGUCAUUAAAGAUAUAAACGAGGACAGCUAUCUGCGAUACAAUAUCACGAGAGUCGUAACCGAAGCCGUAUGGAAGCUCUGUUAUCAGCGAAACGUAAAUAGGCUCUCGCAGGACAAGGAAUGUCGACGGUUCACUAUCUACCCACCGGAGAAAUUUUAUCCUGCGUCUUCCGAUAUGCAGAAGGUUCGUCCGAACGAAACGAGAACGGCAGAAAUGCUGAAGCUGAGGAUGCCCAUAGGGAAGAACGCCAUGACGAUUCAUUAUUCGAAUAAUCCGAUCGAUUACAAUCGAGACGUUGACGCUGACAACACGGCGGCCUACAAAAUGGCGGCCAGGCAACACUGCCCGAAGAUAUACGACACGCGUAUCGGACAAUUAAGUACGCUAGACGCCGCGAUGGCUCAACGAAUCUUCAAAGGCCAUAACGAUCACUAUAAUGGCAUUACGAUCGACUCGGUUGAAGAGGCCUGUGACAAUAAGAUAUUCGCACAGCGUCUCAAAGAUUCUUUAGAGCAAUGGACAAGGGACAAAAAACGCACUAUAUGGUUUCGCGUGCACAUCCCGCAUACCGAGUGGGUCCCGAUAUUAACAGGGCACGGAUUCAUCUUCCAUCAUGCGAAAGAAGAAUAUGUCAUGUUAUAUCGUUGGUUGCCCACCGACGAGGAAUGUAAUGUCCCGAAAUAUGCGCAUACAUUUUUAGGCGUUGGUGCAUUCGUGUUCAACAAGGAUACUGGUGAAAUACUUGUCAUUAAAGAAAGAUAUGCUUCUACUAAAGCAAGCUGGAAGCUUCCUGGAGGCUACGUAGAGCCAGGAGAGAAUAUUGAAACGGCAGCCAAGAGAGAAGUUCUGGAAGAGACGGGAAUUCAGGCAGACUUCAAAUGUUUAAUAUCUUUUAGACACGGACACGAUUAUUCGUUUGGAUGUUCGGACAUAUACAUGAUCGCAUAUCUAACACCUCAGAAUUUUGAAAUUGACAAAUGCAAACGGGAGAUAUCUGAAUGCAAAUGGAUGAAGCUAAGCGAAUUCAUGCAACAUCCAGAAGUACAUGCAAAUAAUAAAACUUUAGCAACAAAAACAAUAGAUUUUCUUCGACAUCAAAUGGGUAUGGUUGUAAAUUAUGGAAUACAUCCCCUCACGAAAAAGCAAAUAUGUGUGUACAGUGUGGAGAAUACAGACAUCGGAGAUACAUCUGUAGAAUAAACUGUCUGUUUUUAGAAAAAAUGAUGUGUAUAUAUAGAAUGAAAUAUUAGAGAUUUUAAUAUCAAUAAUGCGAAAAAAUA